AAGCCGGAAGUGACCUGACGCCAUCGCGCUCUGUGAGCAGUCAUAGAAAGCGCGCGAGGAGGAGCAGGAGGGUUUACUGGAGAUGUCGAAGAGGAAGAGCAGUAAUUCAGGGCAGACGCCUGAUAAGAGAAGCCGGUUAUCCCAACCCGAGCCCUCUGAAGAGAAUGAAACGGGCUACUUCAGUUCAGGAGAUGUUAUGAGCACAUCACAGAGUGUCACAGGUGAAGUGGGCAUCAUAGAGAGUAUCUCUCUAAGGAACUUCAUGUGUCACUCGAUGCUUGGUCCCUUUGAAUUUGGUCCAAACGUCAACUUUGUCGUAGGAAACAAUGGAAGUGGAAAAAGUGCCGUGCUGACAGCUCUGAUUGUAGCCCUGGGCGGUAAAGCUCACACCACGAACAGAGGCUCCUCACUCAAAGGAUUUGUGAAGGAAAGAGAGAGUUCUGCAGAUGUGUCCAUCACUCUGAGGAACAGGGGUCGUGAUGCGUAUAAGCCAGAAGUGUUUGGCCAGUCCAUCAUCGUAGAUCUUCGUAUCUCCAGCGAGGGAAUGCGGACAUAUAAACUAAGAAGUAAAACAGGUCGCUUAGUGUCAUCAAAAAAGGAAGAACUGAUCUCCAUUUUGGAUCACUUUAACAUCCAGGUGGACAAUCCGGUCUCUAUCCUAACUCAGGAAAUGAGUAAACACUUCCUCCACUCCAAAGGAGAGGGUGACAAAUAUAAAUUUUUCAUGAAGGUCACUCAGCUUGAUCAGAUGAAAGAAGAUUACAGCUACAUCAUGAAGACCAAGACCAUGACCCAGAAUACAGUGGAGAAGCACAGGGAGACUCUACAAGAGCUGAAGAGAAAGUACCAUGCGAAAGAAGAGCGCUAUAAAAGUCUGGCUUCACUUGAUGAAAUGCAGAAGAAGUUGGAUGAGCUGAAUAAUCAGAUGGCCUGGGCUCUGGUGGCAGAGGUGGAGCAGGAGAUCAAGCCAAUGAGAGAACGAAUCACUGCUGAAGAGAAGUCCACUGUCAAAUAUGACCAGAAGGUGGAAGAGUGGGAGGGGAAAGUUCAGGAGGCCAACAGGAUAUUGGGACUGUUGCAGGAUCAGCUGGAGGGUGUGACGCAGCGGAUGCAGCAGCUGCAGCCACAGUGUGUGGAACUGAAGAGUCGAGCCCAGGCGUGCAACCGAGAUCUCAAAGCCGCCGAGGCUGGUCUUCAUCGUAAAAAGACUAACUUGAGAGACCUUGAAAAGGAUAAAGAUCAGCUUAACAAGCGGAUCCGAGAACUCAAACACAGCAUAAGCCAUACGAACUCAGCUGACACUCAUGCUCGUGUGGAGAAGAUGAAUCACAUUCAGGCUGAGCUGGAACAACUACAUUUCCAGGACUCCACUCUGACUCAGCAGAUCGAUCAGUUUAAACAGGCCUGCUCCACAGCUAAAGACAGACUGGGUAAAAUGAGCCGUGAAAAGCAGGACCUGCUGCGUGCGAUGGAAUCUAAGCGACGUGACCUGGCUGCAAUGGAAAGCAGUCGAGAAAACCUACUUUGUCGCUUUGGUGAGCAUAUGCCAGCACUGCUAAGGGCUAUAGAUGAGGCUGACCAGCGGGGUCAGUUCAGGAAGAAACCUGUUGGACCGCUCGGAUUCUGUGUCCGUCUGCGGGAUCCAGAGCUGGGUCUUGCAGUGGAGUGUUGUCUGAAGGCUCUGAUGUUAGCUUUCUGUUGCGAUAACCACGCUGACGAGAGAGAGUUACAGAGAAUCAUGAGUCGCCACUUCCAGCAGGGCAGACGACCUCAGAUCAUCGUCAGCACAUUUACCAACACGGUCUAUGACGUCAGGGGCAGGGCUGUCAAUCACCAUGAAUAUCCAACUGUGCUCCAGGCACUUGACAUUGAGAAUCCAGUUGUAGCCAACUGCUUGAUCGACAUGAGGGGAAUUGAAACCAUUCUGCUCAUCAAGAACGCUAAAGAUGCGAGAAGGGUCAUGCAGAGUGAAGACCGACCACGCAACUGCAGGGAGGCCUUCACGCGUGAGGGGGACCAGGUCUACUAUAACCGUUACUACUCCUCCGAACAGAACAGAGCACUCUACCUCAGCAGAGAUGUCGAAGAGGAAAUCAGGUCUGAAAAUAUGAAAUCCAUUUUUGAGAUGUCUGGAUUCUUUUCAGUGCAUGGCCAGCCCGUACCACCCCUGCUGCCCCUUGGCACUCUGAUGUUCUCUGCGAACAUCGUUUUAAGCUCAGGGCUGCUGAAAGGAUAUGGCGCAAAUCAAAAUAUCCUACUGACCGAAUGCUGUCGGAAACUUCAAGCAGAGCUGACAGAAUUGCAAAAUGUUGAGGAACCUCACUCAGAAGAUUUGAAACCUUUGGAAGAGGACCUGGAGGAGCUCAGCAGCCGAAGUAGAGAGGAAAGAGAGGAAUUUGAAGCUGCGCGGAAUCAGGAGCAAUUGAGCAACAGUGAUCAGGAGUUGGAGAGGAGUAAACAUCAUAAAGAAGAGAAGCAAGAGAAGCGGAAAGCCCAUGUGGACAUGAUUGAGACACUAAAGAAGAACUUGAAUGAGAAGGACCAGCUGUUACAGGCUUCCAUAGCGAAAGCCUUAGAAAUUUGCCCCGAGCGCUUGGAUGUGAGGAGAACAGCGAAGAGCUUGGACAGCGAGAUCAGCCGCCUCAGACACAAGAUCAACACACAGCAAGACCAACAAGGACACAGAGACACUAUCGUCAGGUAUCUUUCUGUACGCUGUAAGUACUACUUUGACGCCAUGCUGUUUCAGAGAGGAUACAUAGGGAAGAUGACCUUUGAUCAUAAGGAUGAGACUCUCUCCAUAUCAGUUCAGCCAGGAGAGAGUGGUAAGGCCGCUCUGAGUGACAUGCGUUCACUGUCUGGAGGAGAGCGUUCGUUUUCUACCGUGUGCUUCGUUUUGUCACUGUGGGCCAUAGCUGAAGCUCCGUUCCGUGCUUUAGAUGAGUUCGAUGUGUAUCUUUCUGUACGCUGUAAGUACUACUUUGACGCCAUGCUGUUUCAGAGAGGAUACAUAGGGAAGAUGACCUUUGAUCAUAAGGAUGAGACUCUCUCCAUAUCAGUUCAGCCAGGAGAGGGUGGUAAGGCCGCUCUGAGUGACAUGCGUUCACUGUCUGGAGGAGAGCGUUCGUUUUCUACCGUGUGCUUCGUUUUGUCACUGUGGGCCAUAGCUGAAGCUCCGUUCCGUGCUUUAGAUGAGUUCGAUGUGUAUAUGGACAUGGUGAACCGGAGGAUCUCCAUGGACAUGAUGCUAAAGAUCGCUGCCAGUCAGCGCUACAGACAGUUUAUUUUCCUCACACCACAGAGCAUGAGUUCUCUGCCAGUCAAUAGACUGAUCCGCAUCCACCGUCUGAAUGACCCUGACCGCAGCCAGUCAACCCAGAAUGAUGCUGCUAUCCUUUGAACAUCUUAUGUGCAUCAGGCAAAGUACUUAUAGCUGACAGCUGCACUUUACAGUUCUAUGCGCACAAGUUUACUGGCUUUUUUUCUAAGAUCAUUUAAAUUUACAUUUAUAAAUAAUUGUGUUAUUUAAAACCAAAAUUUGCAGGUUCUGUUUUGUUCUGCACUUUAAAUUUUUCUAAAAUAAUAGUUUUUAGUUUUUAUAAAAAUGUGAUUGCAAUGUUAUUUGCAUUUGUACCUGUUGAAUAAGGCAUAUAAAGGCCAGUAAUAGCGUGUUGCUGUUAUUUGUUUUUAUUUCAUUU